GACUGUCCAGAGGAUCCCCAAAUCGGUGUCUCUCUGGAAAAAGUGGAGUGUCUCUUCCAUCAGUUUUUGCAAGAAAUGUUCAAGAAGCCAUUGACAAUUAUACCUGUGAGACACUUUCAUCACUUUCACCUAGUGGUUGCACAACACCCACGGAGCUGAAUAAUUCUUGGUCUGGAAUAAACAGCUAUACUACUAGUUUGUCUACUGAAAGAAGUUCAGUUUACUCCUGGAGAGAUGAUGAAUUUGAUAAAGCGAACACACACAGAGUGCAUCAGUUAUUUUGGGAGAUUGAUGAAAUGCUGUUUGAAGGAAAAGUGACCUCCCAAACAGAGAACCUGCAGGCAGAAUGUGCAGAUUGGGUUGAACAAUUUCCUCAUAUAAGGGUUCUAGGAAAGCAGCUCCUAGUGCCAAAGGAUGAAGGCUUUCAGCAUUUUCAGAGCAGAAAUGAUGCCCAUGUAGAUACUAAGUGUGUGCCUGGCCUCCUUGAAUGUACUGGUCAUACAAAAGAGCUCUGCAUCUCAGGCUCUAAAUUGAUCCCAACAGUAUCUCCAGUACAUACAGCACUGGAUGCAAGUUCCACUAGGGUUUCUGCUUCAGACUCAGCCACGUAUUCCUUCCUGGAAGAAGAAAUUUACGAUGAGGAUGGAAAAAUAGAGGAAUAUCUUGCCUUUGACAACAAGGAACUUGAGGAUGAGAUUUGGGAACAAAAGAAAAUGCAUCUUUCUGAGAAGAGGUGUAAGCGUGGCAUUCCCCCUGUUUCUCCCAAUGCCUGUAUCAAAGAUGCUGUGGCUUCUGAAGUGUUUGAUCAUAUCUGGAGCAGUGUCAUUGGAAUAUUGGAGGAACUGAUUAAAAAAAAUUGGGAAACUAGUAUCCCAGAGUGUGACCAACAAAUAGAAAAACUGAAAACUGUUACAGCAAAACUGCCGCAUUUGCCAGUCAUUCAUAUUACAGCAGAUGCUGGGACCAUUCCUCUUUCCAGAGGCUCUGAAGCACAAAGUGUAUCUUUUGGGGCUCAUUCGGUUUCAUCACAGGUUUACCGUUUCUCCAGCAACUUCUGUAGUGAUCUGAGUGGUGUGAUGACAAUUCAGGCAAAACCGCUCCAACAGAGGCAUGCUGCCGUAGCAGAAAAAACACAGAAUGAGCAAGAAGACAAACAGCAUACCAGUGCCUCCAGAACUCCAAAUUCAGCACAUGCUAGGCUGGGGAGAAUUUCUGAUAACAGUGUUCUUUCAGCAUCUCCAGCUCUACUGGCAUCCUCUAGGAAAGUAGCAAGGUUACCUUCUCUUACCUCUGACCAGCCCUGCUCAGAAGUUCCUAAUAUGCACAAUGAUGAAAUCUGUAAAGGGACAAAAUUGGUUGGCAGCAGUUUAUCUUCUGCUCGUGCACCUGCAACGCGGAACAAGUUACCACCAAUAAACUCCGAAGCUGUUGAACAUGUUUCAGUACCUCGAAUGCAACAGAGCCCUCAUCAAGAACGAUAUACUCAUAGCAGAGUGUCAAGUGCAGUAGCUGGCAGGACAGAGCAAAAACCACUCAGAGAAAGACCUGUUACUGUUCAAUUUUCAAGACCCAACACAACUCAUACAUUCAGGAGAGACACACCUCAGAAGAAGUCACUGACUCCCGUGGAUUUUGCUAACCACCGAAAGACCGGUCAAGGAUUUUUGAUAAUAGGUUCACAGAAUUACUCCAAAUACUUUCAGAGAAAUCCUGCAGCCUCAAAGAAGAGAUUUCAGAUCGCUUCUUAACCUGUUUUAGGAAGAAACAGAAACCCUCUGCACUGAUUGAAAGACUGAAGCACUAAAUUUACCACUUAGUAUCUUGUGUAACAAAGAAGGUGUGCAUAUGCUGGUGUCUGCUGAGUCUUGCAAUCCUCAGGAUGCCUGCAUUACCUUCUUUUAAAAUUAUUUGACCAGAGCUUAGAUUAAAAAUUAUAGCAAAAGGAAAUAAAUGGUUGAGGUGUCUGCUCUGUUUGCAGUA